AUGACCAAAGAACUUGUAAUACUGGCGUAUUCUGGCGGCUUAGAUACGAGCUGCAUUUUGAAAUGGUUGAUACAAAAAAAUUUCGAUGUUGUUUGUUACAUUGCUGAUAUAGGUCAAGAUGAAGAUUUUGAAAAAGCAAAAAAGAAGGCAAUGAACAUAGGAGCAAAAGAUGUAAUCAUUGAAGACCUGCGCAAAGAAUUCGUUGACAACUACAUGUUGCCAGCAGUUCAAAUGGGCUUAGUUUAUGAAAGUCGCUACUACCUAGGCACCUCUUUAGCGCGGCCGUGCAUAUCCGUUGGAAUUGUCAAUGCGGCUAAAAAACUCAGUGCCAAGUAUAUUUCACACGGAGCUACUGGUAAAGGAAACGACCAAGUCCGAUUUGAGCUAAGUUUAUACUCCUUAUGGCCUGAAGGCAAGAUAAUAGCACCAUGGCGACUUCCAGAAUUCUUUGAACGAUUCCAAGGUCGAAGUGACUUGAUAGAAUUCGCAAAAUGUGAAAACAUCCCUGUUGCUGCCACACCUAAAGAGCCGUGGUCAACCGACGAGAAUAUUAUGCAUAUAAGCUACGAAUCUGGUAUUCUUGAAGACCCUGGUGCAGCUGCCCCAAGUGGAAUAUAUAAAAUGACACGUGAUCUUCACUUGACCGAGGACUACCCCAGUAAAAUUGACAUUGUUUUUAAAAGAGGGUUACCUGUGUCUAUCAUUAUCCCGAGCGGUCAUGACAAGUCAAUGACUUUAUCGGAUUCAUUAGCUAUCGUACAGACAUUAAACAAACUUGGCGGACAGCAUGGUGUAGGACGGAUCGACAUAGUUGAAAAUCGUUUUCUAGGUCUCAAAUCCAGAGGUCUCUACGAAACUCCAGCAGGCACUAUUCUCCACGUCGCUCACCUUGACCUUGAGGCUUUUGCUUUGGAUAGAGAAGUGCUAAGGAUUAAAAAAUAUCUGCAAGAUAAAAUGUCCGAUUUCGUAUACAACGGGUUUUGGUUUUCGCCGGAAGCGGUAUAUACCAGGAAAUGUCUGGAAUUAUCCCAAGAAACAGUCAAUGGUACGGUUACGGUUCAAAUCUACAAAGGAAAUGUGACAAUAUUAUCCAGAAAAAGUUUUACAAGUUUAUACAACAAAGACUUAGUGUCUAUGGACGUCGCUGGAGGAUUUUCUCCCGAAGAUAGCACCGGGUUUAUUAACAUCAAUGCAAUAAGACUCAAAGAAUACGCUCGUUUUACUGCUCAAACAAAAUUUUAA